AUGCAGCUAUUAGUUUUGUGGUCCUUACUAGGGUUACUUGUGACCAAAAUAAGUGCUGCUACAACAACUAUUUCGGCACCUACAACCUUGUCAGGUGAUCAAACGUUUUCCAAUGAUAUCGUAAUUGAAUCAGGUGCUACUCUUGCAUUAAUAUCUGGUUCUUCAUAUUCUUUCAAUGGCAAUAUUGACGUUAAAGGUUCUUUAGACAUCGUCGGUGAUUCAACAAACGGGUUAACUAGUUUACAAUUUGGUUCUACUACAACAAUCACAAACAGUGGUAACAUCAACAUCGAAAAUAUUAAAUCGGCAGGUUCUGCCAGUGAUUUUGUUAUUGCACCUGCAAGUAUUGAUAACUCUGGUAUAUUUACUGUUUCACAAUUAAAUGCUGCUGCUACUAUACCAGGUACUAAUUUUACUAUAGCUCCAACCGGUUCCUUCAUUAACACAGGUACUAUUGAUUAUGAUACUGCUGAUAAAGGUGGGACCACAAACGGGUUCCUUUACCUUGGUGCUAUAACAAAUAAUGGUGUUAUAAAGUCUGGUGGGUUUGCUGGCUUAAUAAAUGAAGCAUCUUAUUUGAUCCCUAGUAGAUAUGAUAUGAAAGGUAUCAUUUUCAAUAAUCCUAUAGAAGGUCAAGGUGAAGUUACUGGUAAUCAGGGGUCAAUUGUUCUUAUUAACACAAAUAAUAUUGGAGAACAAACCUUCAAUGUUUACAAGGGUAUGUAUAUUAUUAAUCCAAAAAUUGUACCAAGCUCACUUAUAGUCAAGAAUUCAAUCGAGUCUAUGAUUGUAUUCUUAGGUGUUGACUAUUAUCCAUGGAAUGCUAAAAAUUUUAACACCUUACCAGGAUCUCUACAAAUUAAUUUUGCAAUAGAUGGUCACCGUUACUGGUUCAACACAAGUUGUGAUGGUGGUUGGCAAACACAAAAUAAUCCAUUUGUUGUUACUCCAUCUGAUCCUCAAUAUCAAAUUGGUGGUACCUUUAUAUAUAUACAGCAAUUUUAUUAUUUUCCAAACUGUGCAUGGAUAUCUGAACCAAUUACAAAGACAACAACUGUUACUACUGAGGGUUUUAUUACUGAAGCUACUACUAUUUCAACAGUAACAACAUCUACAACUAACCAAUACGGAUAUACUGUCACUGAAAUUAUCUAUGAUGUUGCUGUACCUGCAGAAUCUACUGUGUAUACCACCACCACCGGUACAGUCACUGUUCCAACCACAUCGACCUUCACAACUGUAGUCACCAACAGCAACGGUUCCUCCUCUACUGAAGUUGUUGUUGUUGUGAUCACCCCAGCUCCAUCUACCUUAUCCACUACCACCACUGGUGCAGUCACUGUUCCAACUACCUCUACUUUCACAACUGUAGUCACCAACAGCAACGGUUCAUCUUCUACUGAAGUUGUUGUUGUUGUGAUCACCCCAGCUCCAUCUACCUUAUCCACUACCACCACUGGUGCAGUCACUGUUCCAACCACAUCGACCUUCACAACUGUAGUCACCAACAGCAACGGUUCCUCCUCUACUGAAGUUGUUGUUGUCGUGAUCACCCCAGCUCCAUCUACCUUAUCCACUACCACCACUGGUGCAGUCACUGUUCCAACCACAUCGACCUUCACAACUGUAGUCACCAACAGCAAUGGUUCCUCCUCUACUGAAGUUGUUGUUGUUGUGAUCACUCCACCUGCCAUUAGUAGUUUUAGAGAAUCAUCAGUUAUAAUUUCAGCUCCUAUUUAUCAAAACUCCACCAGAACAGGUUCUCCGAUGUCGUCUUAUUUGUCUUUAUCUUCUGCUUUUAAACCAUCUCAAUCGUCUACUAAGACUAGUAUUUUAUCCACCGCUUCUUCAUCCACCUCUCCAGUAUUUACUAACAAUGAAAAUAAACCAACAUCUAGAAACUAUAGAACAUCUGCUAGUAUCAUUGUUGGAUCUACAAAUAGUAAUACAGAUAGUAUUUCAAUGACUAAUACUGUAAUAGACACUGUUAAGUCUGGAAGAUCAAAACCAUCGUCAACAACAAUGGUGACACCUAUCUCCCAAUAUAUUUCUGAGCAAUUCUCCUCAUCACCAACAACUAUGACACUAUCUCAUGGAAGUGUACCCUCUCUUGUAUCAUAUGAAGGUAAAGGUAAUAAAAUAUAUAUAAAGUGGAGUGUUGCUCAUUUCGUUGGCCUAUUAUUAUUUAUGAUUAUUUGA